AUGAACAGGAGUAACAAAGGGGGGGCGAAGGGCAGCACCACUAGCGCGAAGAAGAAACCCACGCAGAACAAUGACAAGAACAAAGGGGCCAAAAGCGGCGGGGUUCAGGGUUUAGGGAAUAAGACGACAACCCAGGAGAAGAACGAAAAGAGGGAGUGCGCCGAUGUGCAUGAGGUGAACGAGGAAACUACCAACGGGGAAGCGAUGAACAAAGAAACGGCGAACAAGGCAACUUCAAACAAGGGGGCCGCCAAUAAAGGUGCCGCGAAUAAGGGUGCAGCCAACAAAGGAAACGGUGGCAAGACACCCGCGAAGAAGGGCAAGAAGAAGGUGGACAAGCUGGACCUCAUUCUGAACGAAUUCAAAAACGAAAUAAACCAAGGGGGACCCCAACAAAAUGGCCAGCACGGAGCAGAAGACGAAGCUGCAGCGGUAGAGGCGGAGGAGAAAUACAAAAUAGACUUUGACGAAUUCGAAAUUGAAAAAAUAAAAAAAAACAUCACCCUGAAAGAACACCUAAUGGAGGAGCAAAAUAAUAGCCACAUAAGAUUAUUAAACAAUUGGCCCCAAGUAGAAAAGAGCAUACAAACGAGCCCAGCAACGAUACCAAUUGAAAUGGUGUACCAAGGAAAAAACUACCCAGUUGGAGAAAUUCAAAAUUAUAAACAUGUCCUUAGUGGAAAAACACUACAAGAAAAAAAAGAGGUCGAAAAAUUAAAUGCGGAUUAUUAUGAAGAUUUAAGAAAAGCUGCAGAGUGUCAUAGACAAGUGAGAAAAUACAUACAGUCGUAUGUCCAACCGGGAAGAAAAAUGAUUGACAUAGUAAAAGAGACAGAGAAGAAAACAAAAGAGUUAAUUUUGUCUCAUAAGUUAAAUUGUGGGUGGGGGUUCCCAACAGGAUGUUCAUUAAACAAUUGUGCAGCUCAUUACACUCCUAAUUAUGGAGACGAAACUGUUUUAAAAUAUGAUGAUGUUUGUAAGUUAGAUUUUGGAGUACAUGUUAAUGGCUACAUAAUCGAUUGUGCUUUUACUAUUGCCUUCAACGAAAAGUAUGAUAAUCUUAUUAAGGCCACGCAGGAUGGAACAAACACAGGUAUUAGGGAGGCAGGAAUUGAUGCCAGAAUGUGCGACAUAGGAGAAGCAAUACAGGAAGCUAUCGAGUCAUACGAACUAGAAUUAAACCAAAAGAUUUAUCCCAUUAAAGCUAUUUCAAAUCUCAGAGGACACUCCAUUAAUAAGUAUAUUAUUCAUGGAGGGAAAUGUGUCCCCAUUGUCAAACAGAAAGAAAAAAAUGAAAUAAUGGAAGAGGGGGAAUUAUUUGCUAUUGAAACAUUUGCGUCCACAGGAAAGGGUUUUGUUACCCACGAUAAUGAAUGCUCCCAUUACAUGAGAAACCCAGAUAAACAAUUUGUGCCCAUUAGAUUAAAUUCUGCAAAGACCUUGUUAAAAGUUAUUAACGACAAUUUUGAUACCCUUCCCUUUUGUCAUAGAUGGCUAGAUGACUUGGGACAGAAGAGACAUUUUAUGGCCCUAAAAACGCUUGUAGAUUUAAACAUCGUGGAGCCGUAUCCACCCCUGUGUGAUGUGAAGAACUCCUUUACGUCUCAAAUGGAGCACACCAUUUUGCUGCGCCCAACGUGUAAAGAAGUUUUGUCUCGGGGCCCAGACUUUUGA